UAUUUCUUUUCAUUUUUUAUAUUGACUAUACAUAAAAAAUUAAUUGUUCAGAAUGAAUAGUUUGCUAAAUUUGUAUGUAUUCACUUUCAUAUUUCUUAUGCACGUUAUGAAUAUGUUUACGUUAGAACAAUUUCAUUACUUAUGCUUGGUUAGGUUAGAAAUAUUACAAACUACAUAUGCAUAACCUUAUCUGUACAAACCGAAGUAUGCUGAAUGUGCUGAACCAAUCACAUUUAAUAUGCAUAUAAUGAAUUUGAAUACUUGAACAUAUUAUUUUUAUUCGACUGCAUUACGUAUUGUUAUUCCUGUAACAAUUUUAUGAAAAUAAUAAUAAAAACUUUUAAAUUGUCUUUAAAUGAUUUCUCUAACCUGUACAAUUUUAGCUCGAUAUUUAGUAAACUAACUUCUGAGGAAAUACAAAAUGUAAAUAAACACAUUACACUUUAUUGCUACAAGUUCAAAGACUGAAGUGAAAAUUGUUAAUAAAAAUGAAGUGGUAAAUCGUAAUUAAAGAUGACAUGGAAAAUACAAAACAUCAUUAGAUUGCAUAAAUGCGAAUGUUUCAUUUAUUUUUUUUUAUGGACAAGUGCUAUUCUACAUUCAAUUUAUAAUGUGUUUUUAACUAGUACUUAUUUUGAUGGUUACAAUGAUGUAUAUAAUGAUUUUGCACCAGGAUGGACGUGGAUUGGAAAGAAACAAGAUGUUUCUGAUCAAGAAUGGAAAAUGUGGAUACCAUUAAUGAUUAAAUUAAUACCAUGGAUAUUUAUUCAUCAUUUUGUUAGUUUUCUUGUUAAGAUUUUAUCAAAUGUUGUGGUAUUAUGUACUUGGUAUAUCUUUAUGUCUAUUUCAUUUUUAUAUUAUUUAAUUGGAGCAUUAGGUACAUUAUGUAUUGUCAUACAAUUAAGUAUGUUGUACAUCUUAACAUAUAGACAAAGUAGAUUGAUUAUAUGGCUGAUAAAUACGUUAUUUUUAUUUCUGAUACAUUUUCUGAAAAUUCCGGAUGGUACUUUUCAAAGUACAUUUAAGUUUAACGACGAAGAACAUUAUAUUUUAACUCUUGUAAUGUGUUGGAUACAGUUAAGAAGCAUUAGUUAUAGUAUAGAUAAUAUUGAACAACAUUUAGACAGUGACUGUGAUAUCAAAUUUUACUUUUUUAACAAUUUUUUAUGCAAAUUAGCAUACUGUUUAUAUUUACCAACAUUAUCCUUAGGACCAUUGAUUUUAUAUCAUGAAUUCAUGAAUUCUCUAAAAGGACCAUUUCAAAUCUGGAAAUUAUCAGAUUUUGGGUACUUUUUCCUUCAAGUGUUCAGAUACAUUUUUUGGAUAUUUUUUACAAACUUUUGGUUGCAUUUUCUAUAUUUCAAUGCUAUGCAGUAUCACCCUGAGGUUGUCAAAACUUUAAAUCCAUGGGCUUUAUAUGGAUUAGGAUACUGCAUGGGACAAUUUUUCUUAAUAAAGUAUGUUAUAGUGUAUGGUCUUAAUCAUACUUUAUGUGCUAUAGAUAAUAUAAAAGCACCAACUCAGCCUAAAUGUAUAGCAAGGAUUCAUUUGUACUCUGAUAUGUGGAAGUAUUUUGAUAAAGGUUUAUACAAAUUUUUAGUAAGAUAUAUUUAUGUGCCUCUGUUAAAGUCAAAUUAUAAUAAAUUAUUUGCUUCUUUCUUGUGCUUUACAUUUGUUUUUAUAUGGCAUGGAAUGCAAAUAAAUAUUUUUAUUUGGGCAGCCCUUAAUUUUAUUGGAUUAAAUAUUGAAAGUAUAAUGAGAUCAUUUGGGAGACAAAAAUUUUUUAUAAAUAUAAAGACAACAUAUACAUCAGAAAUUAAUGGCAGACGACUCGAUUGUAUUUUAGCAAGUCCCCUUUUAAUUAUAUCAGUAAUAUCUAAUUUUUACUUUUUUGCUGGAGAAGAAAUUGGAAGUAUUUACGUCUACAGAAUAUUACAUGAUCCUCCAUACACCACAUUUAUUUUACUCUUCUUUUUAUAUUGUUGCUGUCAAGUAUCUACAGAUGUAAAACGUUGGGAAUUGUAAAAAUUUCCAAAGCUGUAGUAUUGUAAAGAAAAAACUGAAUAUCGAGUUUUCUAAAAUUACAUUUUACAAAAUAUGAUUUGGGAGAGGAUUUGAUUAUCAAUUACAUAAUAAAAUCAUUUUUAAAUAUUUUAUUAAGUACAAAAAGAGUAUAAAAAUACAGUGUAUAACUAAAAUUAUUCUUCAUAUUAACAUCGUUAUAAUCGUUUAAUGUUUACUAUAGUAAUAAAAAAUGAGUAGAAAGUUUAUACUUAAAUAUUUUUUUGUAUAAUUAUUACAACAUUUGUUUCAUAUUAUAUAAUAUGGAUAAUAAAAAUUGAUUUUGUAUUAUUAAUAAUUAACCGUAUAAUAUACACAAGGCACAUUAUCUUUCACAGUGUACAAAUGUUAAUGUAAAAUAAUCUUUUACUUAUUAAUUUUAUAUUUUAUACAAUAAAUAAACAACUGGCUUUUGUAAAUGUUGUUUUUCACAUUUCAAUAGAAUUAUAUCUUUUUUUAAGGAGAGUAUUUAUAUCCUAAACUAAUGUAAUGAUUUAAGAAAAAUAUACGAAUUUGUAGAUUGUAAUUUUACCAGCAAAUUUCAAAUGACAAAAAGUGUAAAGGCAUUGAUAAUGAAUAUUGACUUUGACUAUUCAGUGCUUAGCUGUUUGUGAUAAAGAUAUUUUUAACCAAUAUUUACAGUUACUACUCAGAUAAACAAUACGUUCAUUUUUCUACAAUUAAUUUGAAUAUUUACAUUUUCAUAAACUUUAAAUAUCUAUAGUGUGAUCAUUUUAUACAAAGUUUGAUUUUUUACGUUUUCAAAUUUAUUUGC